ACACUUCCGCCUUGCUCUCCAACUUGCCUUUCCACUGGAGCGGCCGGUGUGAGCAGAGAGCAGCGGAGUGGACACCACGUCGCCCAUAGGCUAAGAACUGACAUAAAGAUGCCUCCAAAAAAGAACGAAGCCCCGAAACAGGCUCCUUUAAUUGGACGGUUUGGAACAUCUCUGAAAAUUGGAAUUGUUGGACUACCUAAUGUUGGGAAGUCCACCUUCUUCAACGUGCUGACCAAAAGCCAAGCAGCUGCAGAAAACUUCCCAUUCUGCACCAUUGACCCAAAUGAGAGCAGAGUACCUGUUCCUGAUGAACGCUUCGAUUUCCUCUGCCAGUACCACAAACCAGCCAGUAAGGUCCCCGCCUUCCUGAAUGUCGUGGACAUCGCUGGCCUGGUGAAGGGAGCUCAUGCGGGACAGGGACUGGGAAACGCCUUUCUCUCCCACAUCAGUGCCUGUGACGGCAUCUUCCACAUGACUCGUGCGUUUGACGAUGAGGAUAUUAUCCACGUGGAGGGCAACGUUGACCCCGUCAGGGACAUCGAAAUAAUCCACGAGGAACUACGACUAAAGGACGAGGAAAUGAUCGGGCCGAUCAUCGACAAACUGGAGAAAACUGCCGUGAGAGGAGGGGACAAAAAACUCAAACCUGAAUAUGACAUCAUGCUGAAGGUUAAGACCUGGUUGGUGGACGAGAAGAAACACAUUAGAUUUUGCCAUGACUGGAACGACAAAGAGAUCGAGGUACUCAACAAAUACCUGUUCCUGACAUCUAAGCCCAUGAUCUACCUGGUUAACCUCUCAGAGAAGGAUUACAUCAGAAAAAAGAACAAGUGGCUGGCAAAAAUCAAGGAGUGGGUAGAUGCUCAUGAUCCCGGCGCUCUGGUCAUUCCUCUGAGUGGAGCUCUGGAGUUCAAACUGCAGGACAUGGAGGAGGAGGAGAGGAAUAAAUAUUGCGAGGAACAAAAGACACAGAGUGUCAUGACCAAAAUCAUAAAGACCGGCUACGCAGCGCUACAGCUGGAAUACUUCUUCACAGCGGGACCAGAUGAGGUGCGAGCGUGGACCAUCAGGAAAGGAGCCAAGGCUCCACAGGCUGCAGGAAAGAUCCACACCGACUUUGAGAAGGGCUUCAUCAUGGCCGAGGUGAUGAAGUUCAACGACUUCAAAGAGGAGGGCAGUGAAAAUGCAGCCAAGGCUGCAGGGAAGUACAGGCAACAGGGAAGGAACUACGUUGUAGAGGACGGGGACAUUAUCUUUUUCAAAUUCAACACACCCAACGCACCCAAAAAGAAAUAAUGAGACUGCACGAUCAGCAGAGGGAUAACUCAUAAUACAAUCCAGCCAGGCCCUUAAGAGCUAUACUGUCUACUGGUUUUCAUAUUUCUCUUUAGAAAUUACAGAAUCAAGGAAGAAUAUGGGUGACAGAUAUGAAAACUAGAACAGUAUACAAACAUUUUUCUUCGUGCAGACAUCAUUUUAUUCCUCUGAGUAAAAACAACUACGGCUGAUUAAUCUUUUAGUUCCUAAGAAGCCUCCUAAAUAGGGCAUAUUAGUUGCAGAUAUGACGGAUCACUUGAACCAGCUGUUGAUAUUAAGUAUUAAAGAACAGCCCUUUCCUUGGAAUUAGAAAGUUGCAGUUCUUUGAUUUAUGCCUUCCUCUUUAUUACACAUUUAAAGGUCCAGUGUGUAGGAUUUCAGGGGAUCUAUAAGCAGAUAUGGAAAAUUGUUUUCAUAAUGAUGUUGUAGACUGAUACCUUUUGUUUUUUCUGGCCACUGUAGCUUCUACAUGGUAGGAAGUGGAUUGUGAGGUGAAUUGUAAAUAGUUGGUUUCAAUCUAGCCACUAGAUGUCACUACAAUCCUAAACUCAGGUCCUUUAAGAUAUCUACGAAGUUAAAACAAUUUCAUGUUUAUCGAAAAUGAUACAAUAUUUGUUGUCCAAGAACUUCUGACUAUUUUGUUUAUUACUAAGAGAAAAUGAAAUUCACUUGUCAGUAUUUAACUGAGGGCAGGACUUUAUUGUAUUGUGAGCAAGAGGGAUAUUGUUAUUUUAGAGCCAAGAAAGCCUUCUUGAACGAUGUUAUACAAGCUGCUUUUAUUGACUUACUUUGUGCUGGUUUGAAAACGCCACAGACUCUUCACAUCAUCAGCUUUACCCCGCGCAAAAGACAAUGCUUCAUUGUGGAUCAUUUAAACUGUACAACUUCAAAACACACCGUGUGUCACCCCAACUCCGCAGUCUGAAUGUGUUUAUUUUCUCACCAUUUACGACUCAAACAACUUGUCACACUGUGGACUAAACCAGAAAUCUUAAAGGAGCGGGUACAUGAUAAAUGUCGCCCUCAUCAAUAUGCACGUGUCAAUAAAAGAAAUCAAACCUG